ACUAGACAUAAAAAAUAAAGUUAUAUAAGAUUGUGUUCUUGCAAGUUCCAAGUGCAUUAACCGAUCUUCCUUUGUGAAGCCUUUUAUUUUAUAAGCCAUCUUCUUAUUGAACUAGUUUUCGCAUACAUUCUUUCAAGUACUCCAGCUUCCACUUAAGAAUGCAGACCACUAGAAUGGGCCAAUGGUUAUGUCUUGUGAUAUGUGUAGUACUAUUACUGAAGGCAGAAGGGGUUCCUGUGGGAAUCACUUUUGUUGAAAAUGCAGUGGCAAAAGGAGCUGUUUGUUUGGAUGGGAGUCCACCAGCUUACCACUUCCAUAAGGGAUCUGGAGCAGGGAUUAACAACUGGAUAGUUCACUUUGAGGGAGGAGGAUGGUGCAACAAUGCCACUUCAUGCCUUGACCGAAGGGAUACUCGUUUAGGUUCAUCUAAGAAAAUGGCCAAGGAACUUUCCUUUUCUGGAUUUUUUAGUAAUGGUCGAAAGUUCAAUCCAGAUUUCUAUGAUUGGAACAGAAUCAAGGUUAGGUAUUGUGAUGGAUCAUCAUUUACUGGUGAUGUUGAAGCUGUUGAUCCAGCAACCAAUUUGCACUUCAGAGGAGCAAGAAUUUUUGCUGCUGUGGUUGAGGAUUUACUGGCAAAAGGAAUGAAAAACGCUCAAAAUGCAAUUAUCUCUGGAUGUUCAGCUGGAGGAUUGGCUGCUAUUUUAAAUUGUGAUCGAUUCAAAAGUCUUUUACCCAAAACAACUAAAGUAAAAUGCCUUGCAGAUGCUGGUUAUUUUAUCAACGUAAAGGAUGUCUCCGGAGCACAGCGCAUUGAAGAGUUCUACAGUCAAGUUGUUCAAACACAUGGCUCAGCAAAGAAUCUGCCUUCAUCUUGCACUUCAAGACUCAGACCAGGGCUGUGCUUUUUCCCACAAAACGUGGUAUCACAAAUCAGCACCCCAAUCUUUUUUGUAAAUGCAGCCUAUGACUCAUGGCAGAUCAAGAACAUUUUGGCACCUGGUGUUGCUGAUCCCCAUGGCCAAUGGCGUGAGUGCAAGCUUGAUAUAAAAAACUGCUCACCAAAUCAACUCGGUGUGAUGCAAGGAUUCAGAACAGAUUUCUUAAGGGCAUUUAGUGAGGUCGGAAACUCUCCAACUAAAGGGAAUUUUAUAGAUGGUUGCUAUGCACACUGCCAAACUGGAACUCAAGAGACAUGGAUGAGAAAUGACUCUCCAGUGUUGGCCAAUACUUCAAUUGCAAAGGCUGUGGGAGAUUGGUUUUAUGAUCGAAGGCCUUUCCGUCAGAUAGAUUGCGCAUACCCUUGCAAUCCCACUUGCCAUAAUCGUAUUUUUGAUCAGAAUGAGCGUCCUGAAGUAUAGAUUCAUUUGAACAGUGUGUAUAUCAUUCCUACAAAUUAUACUUAUGAGUUAUUUGUUAACUCUUUGUUAUUAAACAAUAUGUGAUUGAUGAUUAAAAUCUUCCAAAGGGUAGGCACCCUGAUAAAGGACGGUAAAUGGCUACCAUGUAACCAUAAAAAUACUAUCAAGUAUCAAUAAAGGGAAUAUUUUGUAAUUUCCAUAAUUUUUUUA